AUGGUUGUCCAGCACUGGGACCUGAAUUUCAGCACCUGUGACAGCUCCGUCCUAAAUCUCAGUGCGAAUGUCAGCUCGCGGGACCUCCUGGUGCCCCAGGACACGUCCAGUCUGAGCAGGACUGGUCACACAGUGGUGGCAGUAUUCCUCGGAUUUAUCCUGGUUUUUGGAUUCUUAAGCAAUUUCCUUGUUCUUCUAGUUUUUGCACGGUUUCAGGCACUCAGGACUCCCAUAAAUCUCAUCCUGGUGAACAUCUGUGUGAGCGACAUGCUUGUGUGCAUCUUUGGAACUCCCUUCAGCUUCGCCGCGAGCCUCUACGGGAGAUGGCUUUUAGGACACCACGGCUGUAAGUGGUAUGGCUUCGCCAAUGCACUUUUCGGCAUCGUGUCCCUGGUCUCCCUGGCCACCCUGUCGUACGAGCGCUACACCGCGGUGCUCUGCCCCACCAAGGCGGACGCGUCCGACUUCAGGAAGGCCCGGCUGUCCGUAGGGGGCUCCUGGCUGUACUCCCUGGUGUGGACCGUGCCGCCCCUCCUGGGCUGGAGCAGCUACGGGCCCGAGGGCCCGGGCACCACCUGCUCGGUGCAGUGGCACCACCCAUCGGCCAGCAGCACCUCCUACGUGGUCAGCCUGUUUGUCUUCUGCCUGUUCCUCCCCCUGCUGCUCAUGGUCGUCUGCUACAGCAGGAUCCUGCUGGUAAUCCGAGGGGUGGCGAAGAUCAACCAGACAUCCGCGCAGAGGCGAGAGAACCACAUCCUGUUGAUGGUGGUGUUCAUGGUGUCCUGCUACCUGCUGUGCUGGAUGCCGUAUGGGGUUGUGUCAAUGAUGGCCAGCUUUGGCAGGAAGGGCCUGAUCUCCCCCAUCGCCAGCAUCGUGCCCUCUGUCCUGGCCAAGAGCAGCACUGUCAUCAACCCCAUCAUCUACAUGCUAUUCAAUAACCAGUUCUACAGGUGCUUCAUGGCCUUCAUCAAAUGUGGGGCGGAGCCUGACCCCAGCCAUAUCCUCAACACCCAGCCCAGCAGCCGGAUGGAGGAGCACCUGGCCAACAGGGUCCCUCUCUCCCUGCUGCGGUCCGACACGCCCCCCAACAACCUCGGGACGCCCUACGGCACCCAGAUUGGCGCCAUGCACCGGGAGAAUUGUGCCCUGGUCCUGGUGGCACACUACACCCCUGAGGGGUGGGGCAAUUUGGUCCCGUGACAGAGGGCACCGGCUUGUGCCAGUACCAUCCACUGCGGAUUGAGAAAUCCAUAGCAUGUCAAACUCAGAAUGUCAGACUACAUUGACUCAGAUACAAUGACCCAACGGCCGUCUGGGGAUCAAGGGUCACCCACUGGCUCUUUGACCAUCACCAUCUUUCUGCUUUCUCGCUGUCUGUGGUUUUCCUACGCUUGAUUGUUUGUAGAGGGGCGGAGGUUCUUGCCGUCAUAUGCCAGUGACAAGUGCUGGAGGACAAGCAGGCAAAUGCAAACAGUCGUAAAGUCUAAUUAAUGACUAUUUCCACUCCUCAAGGGGAGCAUGUCUUUGAGAGGAGGCUAAUUGGUUUGGUGGCCUGGUUAUCCUUACAUAAUGGUGACAACAAUUACGUUUCCUUGGGACCCCUCCUGAAGCCCCAGCGAGGGGCAGCAGAACAAUAGCAUCCGGGAGGCUCUGCAUGAUGUAAAUAUUCUUCUCUAAUUGAAGGGUAAAUGAGUUUUUUUCAUUAUUUAUUUUAUUAGACAAUCUUUAAUUAUCCAUUCGAUGCAACUGCUUUUCUUAUUACCUUAAUCUUGCGCUUAUACACAGCUGUGCGCCAUUAGGACUGCCAUGCAUGAAGGAGACUGACAGGACGAUCAACAGGGGUGCCUCUGUUACAGUUCUGAUUGUGGCCAACAGGCGGAGCCUCUGGUCCUAUCAUGUGCAGGAAACAGAGCCAGUGGUUGCUAUCAUUUAUACAUUUCUUUCUUAUACAUUUCUACAUUUUGUGAAGCUGUGAAACGCAGCUUACAGCUAAAACCGUACCGCCUGCGGCUUUGCAGAAUGUCAGUAUUUUACUGUGCAUGGUGACCACAUCGAUUGUAAUUUGAAUGUGUGUAAUGUUUACAUUGGUGGCCAUUUGCUGAACACUCAUGCUAUGGCUUUUGGCCAGCAAUCAUUAAUGACUCAGUGUCAUAUAUGUCAAGCUUGAGGCAUAGACUAUAAAUAUAAAUAAAUGUGACUUAUUGUGCCAUU